AUGCUGAAUAUGAAGAACAAACUUUCCGAUUCUGAUCAUAACAACAACAACAACAACAACAAUGGUGGUGGUGAAGCUCUGAAGCAGAAAGAGAGGCAUAUAGUUUCUUGGUCACAAGAGGAGGAUGAAAUAUUAAGAGAGCAAAUCAGUAUCCAUGGAACUGACAAUUGGACAAUUAUUGCAUCAAAGUUCAAGGAUAAAACAACCCGACAAUGCAGAAGAAGAUGGUUCACUUAUCUGAAUUCUGAUUUCAAGAAAGGAGGAUGGUCACCAGAGGAAGACAUGCUCUUAUGCGAGGCUCAGAGGAUAUUUGGAAACAGAUGGACUGAAAUAGCGAAAGUGGUUUCAGGAAGGACUGAUAAUGCUGUGAAGAAUCGGUUUUCCACUUUGUGUAAGAAGAGAGCAAAACAUGAAGCAUUAGCAAAAGAAAACAAUGUUUCUUACAUCAAUACAAACAAUAAAAGAAUCAUCUUCCAUGAUUUACAAAAGAUUGAAACUUCAAUGCCUCCUUUGAAGAUUCGGAGGAAAGAAGUUGGAGGUAUGAUGGAAGAUUGUAAUCUUGAAGAAGGGUAUAAUGGUAAUUGUACAAGUACGGGUCAUCAUCAACUAAGACCUCCAUUUGCAGUUCUUGCUCAUAACAUUGAUCUCUCAACAACUCAACUUCAUGGCAUCAAUAAGGAGGUCUCAAAAGAUGCAGGUAGUUGUAACAUGGGUGAAGGAACAUUUCUCAAGAAAGAUGAUCCAAAGAUUAUUGCUUUAAUGCAACAAGCAGAGCUUCUUAGCUCUCUUGCACUUAAAGUUCAUACAGAGAAAACAGAUCAGAGUUUUGAAAAUGCUUGGAAGGUUGUUCAGAAUUUUCUUAAGAACAGUAAAGAAAGUGAGAAUCUUGGAUUCAACAUUGCUGACAUGGAUUUUCGACUUGAGAAUUUUAAAGAUUUGGUUGAUGACAUGAGAAGCUGUAACAAUGGAAGUAGUCAUGAUUACUGGAGGCAGCCUGAUUUAUAUCAGGCAUCACCAGACAGCUCUGAGUAUAGCACAGGGUCAAGUAAUAUUGUUGGUGAUGUGAAUAUGAUAACAUCUGAUGAGGGAAUCAAUCAAGAUAUUUUACAAUCUUGUGAUGAAUUCAAGAAUGAUGUUGCAUUGCCAAAUUCAGAAUUCAAUUCUCCACUUCAAGUCACUCCAUUGUUUAGAUCAAUGGCUGCAGGGAUUCCAAGCCCACAGUUUUCAGAAAGUGAAAGACAUUUUCUACUAAAAACGCUUGGAAUGGAAAUGACACCUCCGAAUUCAAGCACAAGAACUUCACAGCAUCCACCCUGCAAAAGGGCUCUUCUUCAUUGUCUUUAAAAAAAAUUAAAAAAGAAAAAAAGAAAAAAAAGAAAAAGAUUUGAUCAAGAUUUGCUUUAUGCCUUGAAAGCAAGAAUGUUGAGGUACAUUGUUGAGUUUGAGGGGUAAAAAUGUCUCAUUUUUGUGUGUGUGAUUUUGGAGGGUAUCGAGUUUUAGGUGUUCGAUAUUGACCUCAUAACUAUUUGGCCUCAAAACAUGCCAAAUUCUGUACAGAAGAUAAUUUUACUUAGUCUUGGAGAGUGUAAUUACAAAUAUACCCCCCAUUUAUACGGGUAAAAGAGGGGGGAAGGUAGUAAAAGUAUAAAAGAGAGUGAAGGAGGAUCAACCACCGAAUUGGACUCCUGUUCUUUGUUUCUUUUUUUUUUUCUUUUUCUUUUUCUUUUUUUUUUAUUCUUAAAAUUUAUAUUGU